AUGCCCCAGUUGGACACCGACCAGAACCAACCACAGCAUCCUCUCCAAUCCAGCAUCCCCGACCUCAGUCAAAAGCCAAACAACACGGCCGACUCAGAAAAUCCAGACUACUCUACACAGGACCCGCUGCUGCCCCAGAGACUGCCCCAGCACACCAAGGACCUGCCCUUGACCGACAUUGGAACAUCUCCACCAGCGUUUGAGAUCACGUCUUUAGCACACAAGGGGCGGGAUUCGUACGAGAGUUCGGAGUUAAGCGACUUGGACGACGACGGCAGCGAGGCCGAAACGGACAAGAUGGAUUUUCUAGACGACGAGGCCGCUCUGAGAGACAAGGUCUCGGACUUGCACGCUCUACUGGAGCUCACCGAAAUGGCUCGUCUCCAGGGGGUCGAUCUGGACGAUCUGGACGACAACUUUCCUAAAGACAUCAGCCACGAGGACGCGCUUCAGCUCAAUGGCGACGAGAGACCGAGGAAGCAGCGCAAGUUACAGAAUGGCUCUGAGGCAGGGACUCAGUCGCCUGAGGCGGCCACCAAGAAGGUGGAGGAGGAGACGGGAAAUUUGACUCAAGUGAAGUCUGACGCUGACGAGAACGACGCUGUGCCUGAUAUCGGGAAUAACAAAGAUGAGGCCGAGGCUGAGGAGGACCAAGCCCUGGAACAGGACAACAACGAGGCCGAGGACGAGGCUGACGGCGAGAAGGAGGAGGACGAGGAUCCUGAAGACGCUGAAGAUGCCAAGGACACCGAUAUCAAGGAGGAAGAAGAGGUGGAGAAUGCCUCUGACGUUGUCAAGGAAGAGAACGGUGUGCUAGAAGCUGAGGCAGACGUGGAGGAGGACGCCGAGAAGCAGGAAGACGAAGAUGAUCAGGCGGCUGAAGAAGCCGCUGAGGAUGCGGAGCAGGCAGAGGCUGACAAGAUCGAUGAGGCCAGUGCUAAGGAACAGCAGAUCGCAGAGGAGAACGACGUCAACAUGGACGAGCACCGCAAGCUCGCAGUGGACGAGCUCAUUUCUAUAGAGACUGACUUUGCCCAUCUCCGAGACAAGCUCUACCAGGACAAGCUUGGUUUGCUAGAACACGAGCUACAGCUCUGUCUUGACGGGCUGCAUCCAGAGCUUCUCCAGAUUUAUCUCAAGGUUAACGAGUUUUACCAGGACAGCAUACGACUCGCCAAUGCCACGCUCAAUUACAGCCUCAAGUGCAUCAACAAUGAGACCAUCGCUCUGCGCACGGCGAUCCACCAGGACUUCAUGAAGAACGUCAUGGACAUGAAGAACGACAUGAUCACCGAGGCCACGCUGUUAUGGUACAAGGUCAACAAGGAACGCAACAGCUUAGACCAGUUGGUGCCUGACUUCAACUUCACUGCCCUCCCCACGAUACCGACUUCGGACGAGCCUCGUGGCUUCAGCGGGCCCAUUGUCGCUGGCGGCUCGCCCAUGGAAUACUACUUGGAAAACCCCGGCAUGUCCAAAAAGGCCAUCAAACAGAAUACGCUAUACGAGCUUGUUGAACAGCGCAACAGUCUCAACGAGGAGCUUGGCAUCCUCAAUGGCCUCGCAGAGUUCCACGGUAUCCCAUGUGCUGUUGCCGGCAGAAUCCACAGAGAUGAUCCAAAUAUAGACUCAGUCGACGAGCUCAUACUCCGAAAGGCCACCAACGACGAAGUGGAGGAGGAUUUGAGAGCCAUGGGGAUCCCCAUCAACUGA